AUGGCUAUAUUAUUUGAAAUAUUGUUGUUGAUUGGGUUUGCUGGGGCAAGUUUUUAUAUUGGAUACAGGUAUUCGAUUGAUUUUCAACCAAAAGUUGAUGCACCAUACAAUCCAGUUGAUGAUAUUGAAUCAUCAAAGGGAAGAACAGGGGCGAUUUCUAAAUCUCAGUAUUAGGCAAGACAAAAGGAACUCGAUAAGGUGUUGUAAUAAAUCGAGGAAGCCAAGUAAAAGGAGAAAAAGAAAUUAGUUGAAAUUGAUUUACUCAGAGCCAAAUCUAAGGAUAAAGUGCUUUCAGAUUAAGAGUUUAAUAAUUUGUUAGAUGAAUGA